UGUGGAAAAAACUUCAGUCGACAGAAUUUGUUGGUCCACAUGAGGACUCACACAGGUGAGAAGCCGUAUUCUUGUGACUCAUGUGGAAAAAGCUUCACACGACAGAGGUCUUUGUUGGUCCACAUGAGGAUUCACCGAGGUGAGAAGCCGUACUCUUGUGAAACAUGUGGACAAAGCUUCAGUCGACAGAGUUAUGUGUUGGUCCACAUGAGGACUCACACAGGUGAGAAGCCGUAUUCUUGUGGAACAUGUGGAAAAAGCUUCGGUCGACAGAGUCAUUUGUUGAUUCACAUGAGGACUCACACAGGUGAAAAGCCAUAUUUUUGUGAAACAUGUGGAAAAAGUUUCAGUCAACAGAAUUCUAUGUUGGUCCACAUGAGGAUUCACACAGACGAGAAGCCGCACUCUUGUGAAACAUGUGGAAAAUCUUUCAGAAAUAAGAGCCACUUGUCUAGCCACAUGAGAACUCACACAGGUGAGAAGCCGUAUUUUUGCGAAACAUGUGGAAAAAGUUUCAGUCAACAGCGUUCUUUGUUGGGCCACAUGAGGACUCACAGGUGA